AUGUUUACAUCUCCACAUUUUACGAUUGAGUCACAAUACCCGAUCACCAAGAUUGAGUUUCACCACAGAGACGGACAACUGCUUGCGGGUGGCUUAAUGAAUGGACAGGUCGCGUUGUGGGACAUGCGAACCAGUUCCACAAAUGUCGGCAUUUCUGAUAUCAGGAAUGGUCAUCGUGACCCUGUCCUUAGUCUCAAAUGGAUUCAAUCCAAGACCAACUCGGAAUUUUUGACAGGAUCCAGUGAUGGCCAAAUCAUGUGGUGGGAUAUUAGAAACCUCAAAGAACCCACGGACACAGUGCUCUUAGAUUUAUCGCAAUCUGAUGUCGAUGAUACACCAGAAUGGAUUCAUUGGGGCCGCUCACAUGCAGUUGCUUGCAUAGAUUACCAUUUUUCAAUUCCAAUACGUUUCAUGAUUGGCACAAAAAGUGGAUACGUGUUUGACGGAAACCGUAAAGGUAAAACGGUUUUAGAAAAAAUACCUACUACUUAUAAAUGUCAUUAUGGCCAAGUUUAUUCGGUGCAUCGAAAUCCUGCGUUUUUGAAAAACUUUUUAACCAUUGGCGAUUGGCAGGCCAAAAUAUGGGCAGAAGAGACAAAAGAAUCUCAAAUUAUGUGGACCAAAAAUUAUGAUAUAAGAUUGACCGACGGCCAAUGGAGCAAUUCGAAGCCUUCAGUAUUCUAUACGACCAGAUCUGAUGGGUUCAUGGACUGUUGGGAUGUUUUACAGCAUCAAACAAAACCGAUACUUUCUAUUAAGGUGUCUGACAAUAGGUUAAAUUGUAUUAAAUGCCAUGAAGACGGAGCACUAAUAGCUGUCGGUGACGAAUGUGGUAAAGCACGAGUGAUCGAAAUGAACGAUUGGUUUGUGACUCCCGGACCAUAUGAUAGAGCACGGUUGACAGCU